AAGAAGCGGAGGAGGGAUAUCGCACGAGGAUGUUGUGUUGAUGUGACGGAUCUGAGAAGUGAAAAGAUGAAACUUGUUAUUAUUUUAUUCACGUGGAUGAUGUUUUAUAAAUUUGUUUCCUCAAGACACAUUAAUCAACAAGUGAAUCAUGCAGAUGACGUUAGAAAAGAAACAACUUUAGAACUACAACUUAAUCAAUUGUUACGGCAAUUUCCGAGAGCAAAUAUCGAUCAGUCGUACUUGCCGAAAACGGAUGAUGUAUCAUCUGAGGAGUACGAAGAAGAGAUGGUGAAGAAGGAUUCGCUGAUACGCUCGCAAAGAGAUAGCAUCUCGGACGAAGAUACCUCACCCGAAGUAGUUUAUGGUAAAUUGGUGUUCUAUCCCUCAUCGAUGCCAGUAGAUCCCACUCAUCGCUCGUCAACCGAAGUCGAAAGCGCAUUUCUAACACAAUUUCUUCCUUCAAUCGCCAAAGAUUGGAAAGAAACUACCACUCCGCCGUCCAGAAGUGAUUUAUCGAAUAAAAAAGGAAGAAAAAAUAGAAAAACCGAUACAAACAAAUCCUCCAAAGAAGAAAAACUAUUAGAAACGGUUAUUCAGUUAGCAGAGAAAUAUGGCGCAGAUGCAAAACUCGGUGAUAUGUUAAAGAAACUUUGCGAAAAUUCGACCGUGACGUGUAAAGGAGUGGAGAAUCCAAAAGAAGAAGACAAUAAGAAGUAUAGAAGAAAGCAGAAUUCGAGACAACAGAUAAAUGGAAAGAACGAAAGACGGAAAAAACCGAAAUCAAAAGUCCAUAAAAAUCAAAUCAUUCAGUCCUCCAACCCGGAAGAUAGUGAACCCAAAUGGAAUAAAUCGAUACAGACGAAGGUGAAGAACAAUGCGAGAAAAAACACGAAAUCUAACGACGUCAUACUAGUACGCGAAAAGGGAAAAAUCGGCACUUAUUCACGUUCACCCCGUCGUUUAAUGCCGUCAGGAAUCGAUAAACCGACAUCAAAAAGUUGGCGCCGUCCAUCGAAGAAUAACGUCGCCUCGACUAUGGCGCCAUCCGAAGAUUUAGAGAAGGAAUUAAUUGAUUUGGAAGACAUAACGGAAAAGGCAAACCGUCGUCUUAGGGAUCAUUGGGCGAUAAAGAACAAAAGCAGAGAGCGCCUACAGAAACACAUCGAGCAGCAGAUCGAACUUCAUCGACGAAUCCGAAGACAAUUAAGUAAUUAAUUAAUUACGAGAUUUUUAUUUGCUCACUUAACGGAGCUACUCCGAUCGACGCUAACGUGGUAGUGAUGUCACGUGAUACCUAAUCGGCCGUCUCGACCAAUUAGAGAGUACUAACUCGGCAUUUACGAGUUUAGCGAGUCGUACUAAUAAACGCCGUUAGAUGUCGGUAUCGUUUCGUUUAGAAUUGUUUAUUUUUUAAUUAUUAUUUUUUUCCUCGGUACCAAUUAAUUAUAAUUAAAAGGUAUAUAUAUAUAUAGCAAUAAAAUAUUUUAAUUAGCUAAGGAGGGAAUUAAUUAUAUAUAUAUUGUAGACGGUAAAUGUAAAUAAUAAUCGACCAUUAGUUGUUGCAGGUUUGUUCGAGGCAACGGUGCAAUAUAUAUAUAUUAUAUUAUAGAGUUGUUGAUGACGCAAUAAAAUUAUAUAUUGCUUAAUUGGCAUCUUGCACACUCGUUCUUAUAAGUGAAAAGUUUAUAAUCAAAUGGGGAAUUAAUUAAAAAAACAACAAAAGUGAAGUGUUUUUUGCAAUGAUUUUCAUAAAAAAAUAUAUAUAUAUAAAGUUGUUGUAAAAAAGUUUAAAAAA